CAUUUCGUAGCAAUGAUGGCCGCACCUGAAGACACUCGGUGCAGAUGUAAAGUCUGUAUAAAGAUUCGUGUGACGAUUGACCAAAUAUUAAGCAUUUUAGAUAUAUACGGUUGGCUGUUAGAUUCUUACGUUGUGGACUUUUUCGAAGAAAAAUUAUGGGAGAAAUUACCGGAAAGUUGGAAGUGCACAUUGCAAGAUACACCUCCACGAGAGUUUGGUAACUGGUUGGCAGGAGACAUCUUGUGCACACGCGUGUGGCCUUUGUCGUUACUCGCACUUCGUCAAGUGACCAACGUUUUACAAAUUAAUAGAAACCAUGGGGACCCAGCAAGCAUUGUAUCUUGCGAUUCUAGCAAAAGUGCAGAUAUUGAGAAGGAUGAUACAAAGUUUGAAAGAGAUAGAAAAGAUACAUUUGACGACUUGUAUUCCCACGAUGAUAAAUUCAAUAAUUUAUUUUCUAAGCAUAUAAAAAAAAAAAAGCGAUAUGAGAUACAAGAAAUAGCUCAAGUAUGCGCUGACUGUGCUUAUGAAGCAAAUUCUAAAUGUAUUGUUGAUAUUGGAGCUGGAAUGGGUCAUUUAGCUCGUAUCCUAGCAUUUAGAUACGGAUUAUGUGUUACCUGUAUCGAACAAGAUUGUACACUGUUGCAACAAGCUAGCAAGUGGGAUCAGGAAUUAUUGAUGUCUGUAAAAAAGUAUAUUCCUGACUUUUGCGAGAAGAUUCCACAACAUUUGUCAGCAAAAUUGGAAUCAUCAAACUUGGAUGAAUCAGAGCUAAUUAGUCAUUUACAAGAUUUGUUUCAGAACAGUUUUAAUUUAAACAAGACAGAAACUAAAUUUGGUCUUGUAGGACUUCAUCCUUGCGGAGACUUAGCUCCAUUACUGUUACAGCUUUAUGCAUCUAGGAGUGAAGCCAAAUUUAUUUGUAUUGUUGGAUGUUGUUAUAUGAAAUUAACCUUGAAAUCAGAGAUAAGCGGAUUAAAGGGUUAUCCACUUAGCAAGUACCUGUUAUUAUGUAAAAAUCAUAUGUUAAGUUAUACAUCCUUAGAAGUGGCAUGCCAUGCCAUUGAAAAAUACUGUGACAAACUAAAGACUGGAAAUUAUGAAGAUUUAAUAGUGCAUACUUAUAGAGCAGCUCUAGAAACUAUCUUAGUAAAGAAAAAUAAAAAGCAUAGUCAAUUAAGAAAUGUCAAAGUAGCAAAAGGAAUGACAUUUCAACAGUAUUGCGUUACCGCAACAUCGAAUUUUGACACACAUAUUCAACCAGAAGAUUCCGAUAUUCACAAUUGUGAAAUUAAAAGCUAUUUGAAUCGGUGGCAACAGGUUAUAAUAUUCGGAUCUUUGCGAAUGAUGUUGGCGCCAUUAGUCGAAACAAUCGUCUUGCUCGAUAGAUUUUUGUUUCUAUCCGAGCAAAAUUUAUCACCAACUCUAAAACCGGUAUUUGAUAGCAGACUAUCGCCUCGAAAUUUAAUGCUAAUAUCUAAGAAAAGUAAUUAACCGGUUUACAAUUCCAAACUACAUUCCGAUAAAUUACAAUCGUCUAUGAACGUUAACCGAAUAGUCACCACAAAGGACAUUUCGACUAUGGUAAUUCCCGCGUCCACGAAUUAAAGUUAAUCCAAAUUAUAAUGUGCCUCUAUUUGGACAAUACUACUUAAUUACAAUUAUCAUCAAUUACAGUAU